GAGGAAUGUGAAACAUUUCUGAUGCCGGUCCAGUGGAUGUUUACACGGUAGUCAGCCCGUGACAUCAGAGUCCAGACUUUAUAAAUGUCAGCAGGCACAAGAAUGAGCAGUGAACAAACAGCUGCACUGGUCGCACCACACCGUCACACAGGUUAAAGAGACAGACUGAGCUCCAUCAGCAACACGAGCCCCCAUGGACCGACCGCUGUGUGACUGUGCGAUUGCUGUGGCUGUACUGCUGUGUGUGGCUACACAGGUGUUGUGCCAGGUGUGUGACAUGCCCUGCAUCUGCUCAGGUCCCGUCCCUCAGUGUCCCGCAGGAGUCCCACUGGUGCUGGAUGGCUGUCGAUGCUGCCAGGUGUGCGCCCGGCAGCGAGGCCAGUCCUGCACUGAGAUGCUGCCUUGCGACAUUCUGAGAAAGUUGCAGUGUGACUACAGCGUCAGCUUCCCCGGAGACCCAGGGGAGUGUGUCAGUCAGGAGGAUCUGAGGUGUGAGGUCAACGGCAUCACUUACCAUGACGGCCAGUCAUUUCAGCCCUCCUGCGACACUUACUGCCACUGCAGGGGUGGAGGGGUGACCUGUGUGCCAGCUUGUCCCAUGACUGGCCGUCUUCCCACUCCCGACUGUCCCAACCCACAACAUGUGCGGCUUCCAGGGAAAUGCUGUAAAGAGUGGGUGUGUGAAAACCUGGAGAACACAGUCAUCCAGGAUGCAAUCACAGCCAUGAGACCUGACAAAUUGUGGCCCUCUCUGCCAAGGGAUCGUCCUUUCAACAAGUUGGUCCCACCUCUCUCCUCCACCUGUGUGGAGCAGAGCACAAAGUGGAGUGCCUGUUCGCAGAGCUGUGGUGCUGGCGUGUCCACUCGCGUUUCCAACCAGAAUCCCUCCUGCAAGCUGCAAAUGGAGACUCGACUUUGUAAAGUGCGGCCUUGCAAUGCAGCUCAACCUGUGCCCCACAAACACACGUGGGGACGGCCGGGGCGGUGCAAGGCCAGCUACGCGUCACCAGGGCCCAUUCGGCUCGUUCACCACGGCUGCUACAGCACUCGUGCCUACCGCCUGCAGUACUGCGGACAGUGCACUGACUCUCGCUGCUGCACGCCUUACCAAAGCACCACUGCUCAGGUGACCUUCCGCUGCCCCUCCGGCAGACUGCUGCAGCGAGCUGUGAUGAUGAUCCACUCGUGUGUCUGUCACAACAACUGCCCCUACGCGCCGUUCACAAACCCUGCUCUGUGGGGAUACAGGCCCUGACCAGGCCACGUCUGCACUGCAUGAGAACUGUGAUACUUUAACAACUGACCUGGGGACCAACACCUUAUGGAUCAUCAGGUGGAUUCACAUUCAGGCGUGUAAUCAAUGGCUGCUGGAAGAGAAAAUAAUAAACUGAUUGAGUUGGGAAGAUC